CUUAUUUGCGGUCCAAGGCGUACACGCUAAUUCCCCCAGUCUUGGGAACGCCUAGUCUCGGGUGCCGUCUUUUUUAUUAUUAUUCGUCUUUCCCAUCUGACUGACCCCCCUUCUCUCUUGAGCAACCGCUCUCUACCGCUUUUACAAAAAAAUAUUCCCUGUCACUUUUUCCCCCUCCGUCCUCCUACCUCGAGAGCCCUAAACUUAGGCGAUGCCCCCACAACUAUUACCGGCUUCGGCCGCCGCUUUUGCCCCCCGAGCAUCAUCCGUCAACGUUGUCUUGGGCUCAAAGGUCGAACCGUGGUUGACGCAAACUCUCAAGCGCAUUAACAGAGUCAAGAGGCCGUUGAACAGCAUACCGCAACAUCAAAGAUGCUUGACCGAGACGUUGUCGUCGCCGAAUGCGAUCUGGACUUUAACUUCGCUGAUGCUGGAAAAGGCGCCCGAGUCGGAUUUGCGCAGGGAUUCUAAUCCGUUGAUAGAGGCCAUCUUCAACUACCAGAUCAUACACGUCGAAGCUUAUAUCGUUCACGUCGACAUGGUAUUGCGGAAUGAAGUCGCUUACAAGCUGACGCCCGGCUCGAUAGAAUCGCUCAUCGAGUAUCACAAGGAAAUCUACUGCGUUAACGCUAAGGCUGACACUUACGACUGGCCCGAAAAGGAGCAGCACGCUAAGAAGUUACACGAAGACUUUGUCCAGGCUAUCAACAAGUUUGUUUUCAGGACCCACGUUUCUGCUCUGGAAGGAUUAGAAGAGGAGGGAGCUGGAGAGUUGCUUUGUGGGAAGAGCGAGGAGGUCAAAAAUAGCAUCUUGGGAUUGUUGAAUAAACCCCUGCUACCGCCGCCGCCGAAGAUCGUCGAUGUUGUCCGCCAACCGCCAUUGCUGCCCAGCUCGCCCAUAGGCGCAAACAUUUGGUCGCAGUCUACCCCUUCACCCGCGAUGCCCGCCCCGGUUGAGCCAUGGCGCGUGUUGCCUUCUAGCCCUAGCGUCACGUCUUCUGUAGAGUCGACUACACCGAUAUGGGCUAACAUGUCGCUACACGAGAUCCAAGUACCUUCGCCCACCGUACCGUAUAGCCAGCCAUAUUCUACGGCAGGGAUGUUUUACAGUUCGCCAAUGGUGACGUCCCCAAUUCCGGCGCUGCCGCUUCCCAGCAUGUUGGCGUCGCAAUGUGGUGUAGGUGUUGGAUACGGCGGCUUCGGCUGGGAUCGAUAUCAAGAGUAUACGACAACCAUAUGACAACCACCGUCUACCACGGGGGAUCACCACCCAGUGGUAACGACCUCGUAAACGAUUUUGGUUCGGGUUUCCCUCAGCCCAAGCAAGGGAUAGGGAUCCGCGGCAUAGAUCUCAUCGCAUCCCCAAGGCAUACCGGCGUUUUGCAUCAACCAGGAGCGAACUCUCGAUCGUUUGACAUAUAUAAUAAUCGGUGUUUUUUUCUUUUUAUAUCUUCUCUAUGUUUAGCAAGCGAGCGUCUGAUCUUUUACCGGGAAAUAUAUCCCCUAUAUAACAACCGCCAGCUCGGUCAUAGGCUGUAUUCCUUUCACCUCAUCAUGUCAGGGACUGGGUGGGUUAUCUGAUUGCAU